CGAGUAACGUACGGAUGGCUGAGAAGUCACAAAUGGGGCUACAUUAGAUGCGUUUUAAUUAGUCAACGACAAAUACACAAAGAUAACUAAGCAAUAUAAAAUGGAUGGAUUUCUUGGUGUGCUGUCUACAUCUGACCCUUGCAGCGGUUUGCUCUGAAAUCCUCCUGGCUCCACGAUUGCUCAUAUUUCUGCAAGUAUGGAGGGGGGUCACAAGCGUCUGCUUUUCACCCAUAUUUUGCUGUCUGUCAUCUUUUUGUGCCACGGCAAAGACCUUUUCUUCAGUGACAAUGGAAACCUCGCACUCCCCGAGUCCUACAAUAUUCCGUGGAUGGCAGGCAUUGAGGAUUUCCGCACCCUAUCUCUCCUCACCAUCCCUGGUACCCACGACAGCAUGGCCUUCUACGGAGGCCCAGAGGUCGAAUGCCAGGCUCUCCCCCUGAAGGAUCAGCUGAGGGCCGGCAUUCGUUUUCUGGAUCUCAAAGUGUUUGCGCUGUUUGACACCCUCUACGUUAUGCACGGGGUGAUGUACGAGCGUAGCACUUUCAAGGAGGUCCUAGACACAGUUAGAACUUUCCUGGCAGAGUUUCAGAGCGAGGCUGUUCUCAUUAGAGUGAAACCACUGUCUUUUGAGCAGGACACAGCCAAUCACAUGGUGCAGAGCCUGAUUGGCAACGACCAAAAUGUCUGGGUGAGCUCUGGAAUGCCAAAUAUGGGUCAAGUCAGGGGGAAAAUAGUCUUUUUGCAGAAGAACACCUUCACAAUAGGAAUCCCCCUUCUAGAGACAAAUGGGAACGGUAAAACCAAAAUUAAAAAUGUUGCAGAUAAAGACAACACAAUAAUAAAACAGCUGAACGAAGCCACUGAAUUCUGUGGAGGUGAUAAUGCUGUUUUGACCUACACUAGUGGCCAUGGCUUUGGUGCCCUCUGGGGAAUAUUUCAGACUCCAAAGAGAGUGGCUGAACGGGUGGACCCAUGGCUCAAUGAUUACCUGAGACAGUUUUACCCUAAUCACCCCAGACCAUGCUUUGGGAUCAUUGCCAUGGACUUCCCUGGCAUUGACCUCAUUCAGACUGUUAGAAAUUUAAACAAGUGGUAGAGGUUAGGUAGCUAUGCACACUGUGUCCCAUGUGUUUGAGAGGUUCAGAGCUUAAACCUGAUGGAUGCCUUACUAUGAAAUCCUCCCUGUAUCUUUCCUAUCACUCUUCAUUUUACACACUUGGAUGAAGCAGAAAUUUCUUGUAACCCAAACCUGAUUCUCUCCCCGUCAUUGUCAUUUGAAUCCUGAAUCCUGUGUAAUUUUUGGAACCAGCAUGUGCCACUAACAGUAUCUGACCAUGAUUAUGAGAGAAAUAAAAUUUUAUUUUAUUGCACCCUCACUUUCUCUGAAGCCUUUGUUGUUCUGUGAUCUUGCAACUCAGUGACUUUGCAUGUAACUUAAUGCUGUCUAGAUGUGAUCCUUGUAAACACAGUGCUGGAGUUAGUCUUAGUACGUAAGUAAAAGUCACAAUAACACAAUGUGAAAUUCCUCUAUUACAAGUAAAAC